AUGUCCGCCGCGCCCGUCUCCCGACCUCCGCGCCCCUCCAGAUGGGCCCCAUCGACGACCCGCGCGCGCGCGCGCACCCGAGCGCUUCCACCCGUCGUCGCCGCGGCCGUGUCCGGGGGCGUCGCCGCGUGCGUCAGUCACUCCGCCUCCGUCCCGCUCGACGUGGUCAAGACCAAGCUCCAGACGGAGACCUUCGAGGACGUCUCCGCGCUCGGCGUCGCCCGGGAGAUCGCCCGAAGACACGGCGUCGUCGCGCUCACCGCGGGAUGGACGCAGACGUUCGUGGGAUACGGGCUACAGGGCGCGUUGAAGUACGGAGGCUUCGACGCGGCGAAGCGGCUCGCGAGCGUCGACGGAGACGGCUCGAUCGCGUCGUUGGUGACGCUCGCGCUGUGUGCGAUGUGCGCCGAGAUCGUGGGGAGUGCGGUGUUGACGCCGAUGGAACAGAUGCGAAUCCGAGCCGUGAGCGACGCGGGGUACGGUGGAUUGAGUUUCGGCGAGGCGGCGAGACGAUUCGGGCGAGAGGGCGGCUUCGGGACGACGCUCGGGAAUUUACCAGUGAUUUACGCGAAGAUGUUGCCGUACACGGCGGUGCAGUUGGUGUCUUACGACGUCUUCACGCGGGUUCUCGCGGAUUCAGGGCUUACGUCGACGGCGACGACGCGGCCGGCGGCGGCGCUGCUCGCGGGCGUCCUCGCGUCGCUCGCGAGUCAACCGGGCGACACGGUGCUCUCGGUUUUGAACAAAGGACGCGCGAGCGGUGCGCACGCGGAGGACGAUGGCGGCACAUCGAUACAAAUCGCCCGUCCGAGCGCGAUCACCGUCGCCUCGGAGCUCGGAGCGAUCGGAUUGAUGACCGGGUGGCGCGCGCGUCUGCUGCACACCGGAUCCGUCGUCUUCGUCCAGCUCCUCAUCUACGACUUCAUCCGAGACGCUCUCGCGCGUUGA